UGUUCCGGUGGAGGGUCAAAAGGCAGAGCCAUGUCUUGCAAAAGCAGCAGUUGUUCUUUGUGUUUAGCAGGUGCACAUCAUGCUGUGUGAAGGCUCAAAGCCCCAGGCUGCUCCACCCGUGGGUGGGUCCUGCUGAGAACACUGUGGGUCCAGUGCUAUGUCCCUGGGGUUCACUUUUCUGCUGGGACUUGUGUUUUGUCUGGAACAAAGGAUUUGGGCAAAAAAUGGAUUAUUACCCCAGCCCUCCAUCUGGGCACUGCCCGGGACUGUGAUUCCCCAGGGCAGUUCUGUGACCAUCCACUGCAGGGGACCUCCAGGAGUAGUCAGAUGGCAGCUACUUAGAAUAGGAACUUUCAUCUCACGGUACGACAGAACCUCAGAUGGAUCCCAGGGAGUUUCCACGUUUUCCAUCCAGUCUGUGACAUACACCAAUGCAGGAAUUUACUACUGUAUAUACUGGAAGAAAGGAGUCUGGUCAGGACGCAGUGACCCAUUGGAUCUGGUGGUGACAGGCGUAUACAAGGACACACCCUCCCUGACUGCUCUUCCAGACCCCAAUGUGACCUCAGGAGAGAACGUGACACUCCUUUGUGAAACAUCUCAGUACUAUGAAAUCUUUAAUUUGACUAAAGAUGGAAGGAAUGUCUCUCCUCAGGAUUUUUUACGUCAGGACCAUAACACCUUCCUGAUCUCUCCUGUGACCCUUGCCCAUGGGGGUAUCUAUAGAUGCUAUGGUUCUUCUAAAAUCUACCCUCACAGCUGGUCACUGCCUAGCAACCCUGUUAAGCUUUUGGUUACAGAUCCACCUGAUCCUGGAAAUGGACACCUUCCCAUUGUGACUGGGAUCUUGGUCAUCGUUGUCUUACUUCUUCUCUUCUUCCUCUUUCUGUUUUACCAAUGUUGGCAUCGGGUCAAACACGGGAACAUUGAUUGUGAGACCGAGAACCAGGUGAAGUAUAAGAGCUCCUUCCCAGUCAUGGAUUUCCAGGAAGAAAAUCAAUAUGAUGUCUUAGACGACAUCCAGCCUGAGAAGGACAGACAGAUGGCUAUGCAGGUCCCCAUAGUGGAAGACUCUCAGGAGGUGACCUAUGCUCAGCUACACCAGGAAACCCUUAGGGGGAACGUGGACACGCUACUCUCCCACACCCAUGAGGAUUCCUCUGGCCAGCCCUGUGUGUAUGCCACCCUCAACUUGUCCUGAGUUUAGAGCCAGGACUGGCUGUGUAGACUCCAGUGUUCAAGCGCUCCUUAAAGAAGGUCAGCUCCAUGGGGUGUCCUACUCAUGUUCCUCAACAUCAGCCAUCACCUUGGAGCUCCCCAAGGACUUAAGACUGGAGUCAACUUGUCAACUGUCAAGAAAUUCUGGGUCCCAUCAAAUAUCUCUCAACAGAUUCCUGGUCCCUUGUAUAUUUACCCAUUCAGUUGCCUAUUCAAGAUAUGUUUACAAAAGUCAA